ACAACACUUCUCAAACAAGUAAACAGACGAGACCACUAUCCACUAGCUACUUAUAUUCAACUCCAUUUGCUCCCUUGUUUUAUCUCACUCUUAUCCUUCGCAUUUUUCAGGUUUAAACUUAGUGAGCUGAUCAGUUCUCAUCCACUUCUGUAUUUAUUUUCACUAUCAGGAGAACUUGAGAUAAAACCAUGAGUGAAUUACUAGAAUACUGGCCUGAACCGAUAAUCCGAGUCCAGUCGCUGGCGGACAGAGGUUUGACCGUGGUUCCCGACAGAUACAUCAAACCACCUUCACAGAGACCUUCGACUACAAGUGAUACCCACCAAGGCGACGAACAAAUCCCACUCAUUGAUCUAAGUGGUCUGGAAUCCGAUGAUAAUAAUAUCCGUUCGUCGACUUUGAAGCAAAUAUAUGAAGCAUGUACAGAGUGGGGAUUCUUCCAAGUUACUAACCAUGGCGUUAGUCCUGAACUUUUGCAUCGAACCCGUGAAGUGUGGAGGGGUUUCUUUCAUUUACCAGCUGAACUUAAACAAGAAUAUGCAAACACCCCAAAAACUUACGAAGGGUAUGGCAGUCGUCUAGGGGUACAGAAAGGUGCCAUUCUUGAUUGGAGUGAUUAUUAUUACCUUCACUUGCUUCCGAAUUCUGUCAAGGAUCAUAAGAAAUGGCCUGCUCAACCUAAUUCAUGCAGGGAAGAAACGGAAGAAUAUGGGAAACAAUUGGUGAAUCUGAGUCGCAAAAUCAUGAAGGUUUUAUCGAAAAACUUAGGAUUGAAGGAAGAAUAUAUAUGGGAAAGUUUUGGAGGAGAAGAUAUUGGAGCCACUCUACGAGCGAAUUACUAUCCAAAAUGUCCACAACCUGAUCUCACUUUAGGACUUUCUUCACACUCUGAUCCUGGUGGUAUGACUCUUCUGCUCCCCGACGAACAUGUCGCUGGCCUUCAAGUUCGUAGAGGCGAUAACUGGAUUACGAUAAAGCCAGUUCCCGGCACAAUCAUCAUUAACAUCGGCGACCAAAUUGAGGUAUUAAGCAAUGCGAUAUACAAGAGCGUGGAGCACAGGGUUAUUGUUAAUUCGGCUAAAGAGCGAGUCUCCCUUGCAGUUUUCUGCAAUCCAAAGGGUAAUUUACUGAUAGAACCUGCCAAGGAACUUGUGACACCAGAUCGGCCUGCGGGGUAUGAACCCAUGACAUUCGAUGAAUACAAGCUUUACAUGAGGAGAAGAGGUCCGCUUGGAAAAUCACAAGUAGAAUCACUGAAAUCGCCAAGAUAAAAUCACAACAACAAGCUGAUAUAUAUGUCCAUAUACAUAAAUUAAUGCACUGCGUGUAUUUUUCUUCCUUUCAUUUGCUUUUUAAGUUCAUUGUAAAUCUUGACCUGUCAAGUAAAAUUA